AUGAGAAGCCGCUGCAGCUGUAGCUCCAGGUUUAUUCAUCUUGCCCUGGAUUUUGCACAACUGCACCAGCUGUCACGUUGUGUACGCUUGGUUGUUUUACCUCUUAGCGCCAUACGUUCAGUGUGGUUGAAGGCUGAUUGCUAUCGUCAAUCCGUAAAGCCUCAUCUUUAUAGUUUAGUUUCUGGUCAUUAUACACGCCUUGUUACAGCCAGGUUGACCUCACCGUUCCAGUUUCCUUUUUGGUCAUUACACACUCCUUGUUACAGCCAGUUUGACCUCGCCAUUCCAGGAAACUUCAUCCCCAUCGGUGAGAAGGUGGAGUGGACGGAAAACUACACAGCUAUGAUGGGCAAACUAGAGGAUGGUGAACUGAACCCAAACUACUCAGACUUCAUUGUCCCCAUCCUAAUAUACAGUGCCUCAAGUUUUCUACCACAAGAUGAACAGGAAGAAGUGAGCACAUUUCUGGAGAAUUGUAUAGGAAUGACAGGAAUUUUUCCCAUCGUUGUCAUCAGUAAGAAAAAAAGCGGAGAUUUCAUGACGAUUGAAAACACGUUUAAGCGUAUGGGAGCCGAGGUUGUUAUAUCUAUAGAGAACUACACCAAGGAAGAUCACAUCAAAACUCAAGGGAGAACCAAGGAUAUCCUGAAAAUUCUUCACAGUGCCCUGAUCGAUGUCAGAUUCCGCCUGGGACAGGAAAGAAACCCCCGGGCCGACUGGGUGCGACGGAAGAAGUUCCUUCUGGAAUAUAUACACAAGGCCGACCAGGAGAAGAAAGAGGAGCAAUGGAGAAGAGAGGAACAAAAGAGAAGAGAAGUACUUAAGAGACAAAUGGAGGAGGAGAAGAGGAGAGAGGAACAAAGAAUAAGAGAGGAACAAAGGAGAAAGGAGGCAGAAUGGAGAGAAGAACUAAGGAGAAAGGAGGAAGAAAAAAAAUGUAUCAUAUGUUAAGAGCUAGCCUAAAGACAGAUCUAUGUGACCUGUGUAUAGUGUCACUCCCCGGCCUUAUCCUGGCCUCCAGCAGAAUCAUAUGCCAUGUCCUACGCUGAAUCGGUCCCAGCCUCCUCAUGCAGAAGACAGCCUAAUCAGGAGAGGACUUUGGGGCCAGUCACUUGUCAUGGAUCUAUUUCUUGAUGAUUUUCAGUAUCCAAAUAAUAAAG